UGACAAUUUGGAAGGCUCAAGGGUCGGUGGGAAAUUUUAAGAGACCCAUUUGAAAAUGAUGAGGAGCCAGCUAUGGAUGCAUCAUUUGAAGUUAUGGAUGGAGAAAUCAGUGAACCAGAAUUUAUCACAGGUGUCUCAACAUCUAAUGAAUGGACUGAUUUCCACAAUAAUCUUGCUCAGGGAAUGUAUAAUAGAUAUAGAGCUAGGUCUAAUAACUAAGGUUUGUACCUUUUGUCUUUGAUGUUAUUCAUUAUUUUUGGCAUGUUGCUUAUACUUUCAUAAAUACUUCUUGUAGGACAUGAACCAAUCAGAGAGCUCAAGUGUUGUUUGGGGAAGAGGGAAAACAAAAGGAUCUGGACUUAUUAUGAGGAUGAGGAGUUAAUUAAAUCACUAUAUGAGAUAUCUUUAGAUCCAAAGUGGAAAAGUGAGGGAGGUUUUAAGAAUGGGUAUUGUUCUGCUCUAGAAAAUAAACUCAAAGCAAGGCUACCAGGGUGUGGUCUCAGUGCUAUUCCACACAUUGAGUCUAGAGUGAGGCAUUUUAGGACCAAGUAUGGUGCUAUUUAGGUGAUGCUUGCUAAGAGUGGUUUUAAUUGGGAUGACAACAGAAAAAUGGUGCAAUGUGAGAAAACAAUAUGAAGCCCAUUGUAAGGAUAAUCCUGAUGCAAAGGGACUUUAUGGUAUUGCAUUUCCACAUUUUGAUACCUUGGCUGCUAUAUAUGGCAAGGACAUAGCUACUGGAGAAGGGGCCGAGGGGCUUGGUGAGGCUGUAACUAACAUGGAGAAAGAAAUAGCUAUGGGAGAAGAUUGUCUAGUAGUGGAAGAGGAUAUGGUUUCUAUGGAUACACCACAACGGUCUAUGGAUAAUAGGAACUCAGAUCAUUCAACUUCAUCGAGCAGCAAAAGAAGGAAGAAACACAAAGAUAGUAUGUCAAGUGACCCAUUCUUGGAUCUAGCAAGUGGAGUUCGUGGUGAUCUUAACAAAGCCUCACAACACUUUGGAAGGAUGGCAGAAGUGAUGGAGAUGGAAGCAAAAAAGGAUCAAAUGCAAGAGUUACAAGAGAAGUCUGUUGUUGAGUUGACUAGACUUGGUUUUGGGGGUAGUGAACUGCUCAAAGCCGCUGCUGUUUUUGUGAAGGUCCCUAAUCAGAUGACGAUGCUUUUCGCGCUUCUUGAGACUCUUAGGAGAGAAUUCAUCCUGAACAUGAUUGUAGAUGAAGCUCAAAGGAAGUUACUUGUCAAAUUAUCAAUGAAGAAUGUCAGGAGCAUUUGGUGAAGAGUGAUCGACAUAUAAACUUCUGGAAGUUGAAUUUUGAAGACGUUUGAAAUCCUAAGACAUUUGU